AGGAUGUAUUCUCACCCACCACGAGAAAGCAGUAAAACACCAACUGAAGCAACCAUAUUCUUUGGGGCUGACAACACCGUUGCUAGACCAGAAGCAACCAUUACUUCAGAAGGAGACCAUGUUACAUCCAUAAACGACUACACAGUAGAAAGUGAUUUUUCAACAGGCAACAAAAUUCCCUGUACAAAGGAAAAACUGAAAUCAGAAGAUGAUGUUGAGACCCACAUUAAGCCAACAACUUAUCCGGAGAAUGAAAUUACCACUCUGACCAGCACUCUGACGAAGGAAUCUGUUACUCAAAGUUUUAUUCCAGUGAAAAUUGGAAGUAUUUCACCCCCAGUUGGUAUUGUUUCUUUAAUAGAUUUUCCCACCAACAUGGAAAAGGAUGAUAUCCUCUUGGAUGCCAUUGACAUGCGGGAUGAAGAGAUCACACUGACUGAUGAAAUCUCUGGUUCACUGGAGGAUGAUACUGCCAGUGUUGCUGACAGCCCUGCUUUUCCAGAUGAACUGGGUGAAAUGGAUGCUAAUGAACAUAACUCCUCCAUCAAAUCUAAUGUUUCUGAUGAUGAGGCUGUCCACACUGGUUCCUCUUCUCCUGAGGCUGAAAUGUCUCCCGAUACUAAGGAAUCCACCACCAUUUCAGAUAUGAAUACCCUUGCCAAAGACGAUGGAACUGAAGUCGACCUAACUGCUUCAGAGGAUGAUCACAAAGCUGUGCCUGAAUGCACUGACUCUGGUGAGGAAAAGUUUAUCACUGUGUUUGAACUCACUUCUGAGAAAGACAAUCAAGAAGAGGCUCUAACUGAUGACGAGUCUACAGAUGGUGUCAAUGUUUGGAUGGAGAAUCCUCCUACAAAUGAAAGAGAGACCUAUUCCAUUUUGCUUACUGCUGUGGAAUCCAGAUAUGACUUCAUUGUCCCUCCAUUGGCAGCUGUGAACUUUGAGGAAGAAUCAGCCACCAACCCAGCAGAAGAUUUGUGUGAAAAUGAUCCAACAGAAUCUGAGUCUGUGGUCAUUGAAACACUCUCUGGAACUACCCCUGCAUUAGACACUGAAGACACAGAAGACACCUCUACAGCUGAAACCGGUAUCUUUAAACUCCUGAAGGAAGAUCCAGAUGAGUUCCUGAUUUAA